CUUUUUUUUUAGUUUUAUUAUCUUGCAACAAAUUAACACUUAAAAAUACAGUUUUUCCGCUAUUUCCAGGGAAAUAGUUUUACUAUAACCUUCUGUCUCAUUUCACUAGUAACUCAUUUAUUAAAGAAAGGAAUUGCUGCAAUAGUUAAUUGCUACUUGGACACACCCCAUUUUCUUUAUUUAAUAAAAACAAAAAGCUAAUAGAUUAGAGUAUAGCCUCAACUUUUUGGAAACAUGCAACUUUUCUGCUUUAAAAUAUAAUUGGUUUCUUUGUUUCAUGCAUUAAAAACAAGGAGGAAAAGCUGAAGUCUGCCCAAGCCAGGUGUUUCUUGUUGGCAGCCUGCUCCCUAAUGACUCUGCUCUCAUGGAGCAGCUGCCUACUAGUCAGCUUUGUAUGGCCUAUUGUUGCUGCAUACCCCUCGUUAAUACACAUGCUGCCCGGGGCAGACCCAGAGAAUGACAUCAACUUGCUUAUCUUAGAAACCUACAAACCUGAGGCAGGGUGCUGAGGUUGUCUUGCAUCUGCCUGGCCAACUAAUUGUGAGCUUUCUGGCCUAUGAUUGGCUGUUAUUCCACUCGGUAAUAGGUUAAGCAAAGACAUUGCUAUUCCAUCUGUUCAACCAUUCAUUGUUCUUCUUGCCUGCCUGGAAGUCUGCAGCUAAAAUUGUGUUAAGGAGUUUACUGUGAAGCUGCUACAGAAACCAAUGUCUUUGUAUUUUCCUGCUAACGUGAGUAUCUGUGCUACUUAAUGCCUUGGAAGUUAAACUUUGCUAAAUAUUCAGAGUAUGAAUUUGAACUCUGUAAAAGAUAGAAAGCACCUCAAAUGAAAGCCUACAAAUUAUUACAUAGUGUCAGCCUACCAGAAAAUUCAAUUAUUUCUGUAAAAUAUGUCUGUGAAGCAGGUUUUUACAUUUUUGUAUUCUGGAGUUGUAUAAAUAAUUACUUAUAGCUUCAAGAACAUUUGUAAGGCAUUAAGCCUGGCAUGUAAUCAUUUGGAGCUUAAGGACAAGUUAUAAAAAAAAAUCUGGUAUUUUAAUAGACAGUGAUUUAGAUUUUAUCUUCUUAUCAAAUUUUCAGAUUUCUUAAGAUGUCACUGUCAUAUCUAGGUGCUGUUAACAUGAUGGUAAAAUUUAAUAUAGAUUUUUCCAUUGUCUUAGAAGUCUAGCUAGAAGAGAUGGACUGAUACAGGUAGAUAUUUCAGCUAUAGGUAGAUGAUGAUUAAGCAUUCAGUUGCUUUGUCAGCAAUUUGAAUAUUCAUGUACAGUUUCUAAUUUCUUUUCUCCCUCCUGUUUUUUCCUUUGCAUUAGUUUCAGAUAUUAGACUGAAGAUGUCAUUGCAAGAACUAUUGCUUUCAAGAGUUCUGUAAUGGGGAAGGGAAGAGACAAAGACUUAACAUCUAUCAGUUGGGAGGGAAAGAAAGAGCAUAAAGGGUUAAAAAGAGGUUUUCAUUUCUACCACAUGCCCUAUUGUGUGAACAUAUGCAUAAGUCUAUUGAAAGUUUUCAGAAGAUGGGCAGGCCACCAGUUGCUGGUCUCCUGCAGUUCCAGUAGACAUCUGUUGCCCCAGAGCAUUAACCAAUCUGUUCAAAGGGACAUCCUUCCUUUGUUAGCUAGAGGGAUGCAGACAACAGCACUCACUCAAAUACAAUGGUAAUUAAAUACACAGAGACUACAGCAGUAGGUAUUUAUUACAUAUUCAUUAUUUUAUUUUCAUUGUUCUCAUAGUAUUACCAUUUGGAUAACAACCAGAACCCACUUUUAUGGCAUUGUAACUUUACAUUAAAACAAAUAAAUUAGUUUAACAAGUUUAUGGUCUAAUAUUCCUGAUUAAUAGGAGGCUCUCUAGAAUAUUAAAAAAAAAAUUACAUCAUUUGAUAUGAAGAAUUAUCCAAGUUAUCUAAUGAGAACUUCCAGAAAAUCUCUUCACUAAAUGGAAGAAUUUUAGUGUAUGUGAUAAAUUUCUAGUAAAUAGCAUAACAUCCCAAACCUGCAUUCAGCUAAUAUAAAGUUUCUUUUGACAAUUAAAAGAAUUAGUUACACUUUAUCAUCAUCUACAAAAUUAACAUGAAGAUUUAGUUCUUUUUUCAACAAGUAAUAUUAUUUAAUUUUUAGCUUGCUCUUAGCAAGAAAAAUUGACUUUUCAAUAUAGUAUGUGGAGGGAAUCUAUAGAUCUAUAAUUCUAGAAAGCUGUUUUUAGAUCAUUAUAUUUUUGCCCAAUACCUUUUGUAUGCAGGAGUAUGGUAUGCCACUUAUAAUGGAUCCCUAAUAUAAAGUUCAAAAAUUAAGCUGUAUUUCUUGGAAUUUUUUGGUAACUAUGGGACUGUAAACCGACCUAUUUUGUGAAACUUGACUAUGCUACUUCUUUGUGAAAUGAGGAAAAUUACCCUUGUUUAAUAUUUAGUUGUUUUAAGUUUAAGAUGGUUUAUAUAAGUUUGCAUUUGAGUAAAUGCAAAACUUAAAAUUCUAAUAAAUGGUUUAAAAAUGAGAAGAAAAGUAUUUUUCUAUCUUACAUGUAAAUAGUACAUUUUGUCAUGUGACAGGCGUUUCUGUCUUCUUGAAAAUUAUGUUGAUCGUUUUGAAGGUGCUGAACAAAAAUAAAGAUCAUAUACCAUUCUUUUUCUGAAGUUUCUCAUAAUAUUUUAUUUCUCAUAAUAAUUCCUGUGAGUUUUACAUAUUUCAUUACAUGAACAAAUACUGCAGUCUAUGAAAAUAUUUUACGUUUUUAAAUCUUGAGCAUUUAACUUUUUAUGAUUUCAAGAUUUUGCCAAAUUCUGGGUUGUUUUUAAGUGCUAUAUAAAGUCGGGGCAAUCCUUUACUAAUUACAAAUGGGUAAGGAAGCAUUCUAGAAAUUAAAGUUUUAAAAACUGAAUCUUUACGAUUUACGUCAAUACAAAUCAGGUUAUUUCAAAUUUGUAUUAUGUGAUAGAGAAUACAUAUGUGGCCUGCCUAGAAAUUAAACUCACUUGUCCUUAUUUGUACUGUUUAUUAUUUAAUCUCUUGCUUUAUAGGAACUAAAAAUCAUUUAACUACUUGUUUAGUACAAGAUGACAUUGGAUAACUUUCUCUGUCCUAACCAAUGAAAUCUAGGAGAUGAAGAGAUACCUGUCAGUAUGCAAAAAGUUCAACAAGAAUACUUUAAAACAAAAAUUAUUUGGCCUAACAAGACUGAAUGUUAAUUUUUAAAAAGAAUACGGGGUGCUUUGCAUUCAGGAAUACAGAAAAAACAACAAAGUGGAGUCAAGUACACUUAACAGCUUCAUGGGCUUGAAGGAUCACCUGGGGCACGACCUUGGCCACCUGUAUGUGGAGAACACUGAUUCACAGUUAAGUGUAGCUGUACCUUGGUCAACGGUAGAUAAACCAACAAUGGAUACAGUUAACGCUGGAAAGGAUGAAAAAGAGGUGUCCGAAGAGAAUGCAAGCUCUGGUGACUCUGAAGAAAGCACUAAUUCUGAUCAUGAGUCAGAACAAUUGAGUAGCAUUUCAGUAGAGCCAUGCUUAUUAACCAAGACUCACAGACAACUCUGUAGGUCUCCCUGUUUAGAGCCUCACAUACUCAAGCGCAAUGAAAUUUUGCAAGACUUUAAACCCGAAGAGUCCCAGACUACAUCCAAGGAAGGGAAGAAACCCCCUGAUGUGGUACGAGAAUACCAAACAAAACUGGAGUUUGCACUUAAGUUAGGUUAUUCUGAAGAACAGGUUCAGCUCGUGCUAAACAAACUUGGUACAGAUGCUUUAAUCAAUGAUAUUUUGGGAGAACUUGUCAAACUUGGAAAUAAAAGCGAGGCUGAUCAAACAGUUAGUACUAUUAACAGUAUAAUGCGGGAAACAUCUUCCCUGGAAUCUCAGCGGUCUGAAUCUCCAAUGCAAGAGAUCGUAACAGAUGAUGGUGAAAAUCUGAGACCAAUAGUUAUUGAUGGCAGCAAUGUGGCAAUGAGCCAUGGAAACAAAGAAGUAUUUUCCUGCCGAGGAAUAAAAUUAGCAGUGGAUUGGUUUUUGGAAAGAGGCCACAAAGAUGUUACAGUCUUUGUUCCUGCUUGGAGAAAAGAACAAUCCCGGCCUGAUGCUCUUAUCACAGAUCAGGAAAUUUUACGUAAAUUAGAGAAGGAGAAGAUCCUGGUGUUCACGCCGUCCCGGCGAGUCCAGGGGAGGCGAGUGGUGUGCUAUGACGACAGGUUCAUCGUGAAGCUGGCUUUUGAGUCAGAUGGUAUAAUUGUGUCCAAUGAUAACUACAGGGAUUUGGCUAAUGAAAAACCAGAAUGGAAGAAGUUCAUAGAUGAGCGGUUAUUAAUGUAUUCAUUUGUUAAUGACAAGUUCAUGCCUCCUGAUGACCCUCUUGGCAGACACGGCCCCAGUCUGGAUAAUUUUCUGAGGAAGAAACCUAUUGUUCCUGAACACAAAAAGCAGCCUUGUCCAUAUGGAAAGAAGUGUACCUAUGGACACAAGUGCAAAUAUUACCAUCCCGAAAGGGGCAGUCAGCCUCAGCGGUCGGUGGCUGAUGAACUUCGUGCCAUGUCUAGAAAUACAGCAGCCAAAACUGCAAAUGAAGGAGGACUGGUGAAAAGCAACAGUGUUCCUUGUAGCACUAAGGCUGAUAGCACUUCUGAUGUGAAACGAGGUGCUCCAAAGAGGCAAUCAGAUCCAAGCAUAAGGACUCAAGUCUACCAAGACCUAGAAGAAAAGCUUCCCACCAAAAACAAAUUGGAAACCAGGUCUGUACCUUCCUUAGUUAGUAUACCGGCUACUUCUACUGCAAAACCCCAAAGCACUACAUCUUUAAGCAAUGGCCUUCCAUCUGGAGUUCAUUUCCCACCUCAGGAUCAAAGACCACAGGGACAAUAUCCUCCAAUGAUGAUGGCAACCAAAAAUCAUGGAACGCCAAUGCCUUAUGAACAGUAUCCAAAAUGCGACUCGCCUGUUGACAUUGGAUAUUACUCCAUGUUGAAUGCAUAUUCAAAUAUGAGUAUCUCAGGCCCACGAAGUCCUGAAAGGCGUUUCUCAUUAGACACAGAUUAUAGAAUAAGUUCUGUAGCUUCUGACUGCAGCAGUGAAGGGAGCAUGAGCUGCGGGAGCAGUGACUCCUAUGUGGGGUACAAUGACCGGUCCUACAUCAGCUCUCCCGACCCGCAGCUAGAAGAGAAUUUGAAGUGUCAACACAUGCACCCUCACAGCCGCCUUAAUUCCCAACCCUUCCUGCAGAAUUUCCACGACCCCUUAACCAGAGUGCAAAGUUACAGUCACGAAGAACCAAAGUUCCAUCACAAGCCUCCUCUUCCACACUUGGCUAUGCAUCUACAGCACCCCGCUGUGGGCGCCCGGUCCAGCUGUCCCGGUGAUUACCCCUCUCCACCAAGCUCAGCACACUCUAAGGCACCACACCUAGGCAGGUCCCUAGUGGCCACUAGAAUAGACAGCAUUUCUGAUUCUCGCCUCUAUGACAGUUCUCCUUCAAGACAAAGGAAGCCUUAUUCCCGCCAGGAAGGGAUGGGGAGCUGGGAUAGGCCAAGUUACGGGAUGGAUGCGUAUGGAUAUCGGCAGACUUACUCGUUGCCUGAUAACUCCACACAGCCAUGUUACGAGCAGUUCACCUUCCAGAGCCUACCUGAACAGCAAGAGCCGACUUGGCGGAUUCCGUACUGUGGAAUGCCACAAGAUCCUCCAAGGUACCAAGAUAACCGAGAAAAGAUUUAUGUCAACUUGUGCAACAUCUUCCCACCCGACCUUGUGAGAAUUGUCAUGAAAAGGAAUCCUCACAUGACAGAUGCCCAGCAGCUCGCUGCAGCCAUUUUAGUGGAGAAAUCACAGCUGGGUUAUUGAAAGAUGAUGCAUCUUUGUGGUGUUUAGUAGUUUUUUGUUCAGCUCAAAUGCUGAGGGAGGUUUGCUACAAUAGCACAUGUGAUCUCCUUCUCAGCAAGGAGGUCAUAUAGUAUCCAUUUAUGUGAAAUACUGUAUCAUGGAAUCUGUAUGUAUAGCCCCACAUGGUGGAAGUAUCACGGGAUUGCUUUACAUUUAAACUUUUUUUUAACAUUUCCUUUUUAAAGCUAUAUCCUUGGCUGGAAAUUUUUCCAGUUUGAUUUAAUAGAUGUAUCUGUGAUCUUUGAUAAUAAUCUUUGGUGCAUCAGGGGUUUAUAUGCAGCACUUUUUAUCCUUGUUUCAUGUUUUAUUAACUUGGUGUUUGUCUAUCAACUGCAAGCAAUUACAGUACCUUCAGAAUGUGGAGCAUUUGACUAGACCUAGCAAACUAUUUUUUCAAGCCAAGCUUAAUUAGACUCUUUUACAGCUUUUUAAGUUAUUUUUAUUUGGGAAAGGUGGGCUUCUUUGUGCUAUAAUCAUUAUUUAUAGAAACAAAGAUAUACUACAGCACUGACUUUAUAUUUUAAACAAAAUUUAAGUUACCAGUUUAUGUUGAAAUGGGUAACAGUAUAUAUUAGAAUGAUCUACAGUAUGGCACUUUUCAUUGUGUUAUUUUUGUUUGGAUUUUCUUUCUGUUAAGAAAUUAGUUAAUUUAAUAUGGUCGAUUUAAAAGAAAGCAGAUGCAAUCAAUGGAAAAAUUGUUUCCAUUUUUUUUUUUUUAUGUAUAAGGCAAAAGCCGUAACUACUACAGGUUAGAGUUUUGUUAUCCAGCUAUGAUGUGCUUCUAGACAGCAGAAAUGGAAUUGAAUUCCUAGAUUUCCAUUAACCUGUAUUUUUAAUAUAUCUGUCUUUUUGUUUUGGGGCACAAUACUGGAUAAAAUAACCCUUUCACAGUACUUGCCUGAUUUUAAUGAAUCUAAUUAUUCUCAAUGCAACUUUUAUAUUUAAUAGACUCUUUAGCUUUUCUGCUGUUUAUCAAGGCUGGCCUGAGAUGGUUUUAUGUGUUGAGCAUAUGCAACAUUUAUUGAUACUGCACUAUAAAAAUGGUGAUGGAGGAGUUGUGAAUGGUAACUUAAAAUUUUUGUAAGAUAUUGUAUAUUUUCCAUUUUCCUGAAGGUAGUUUUUUUUGGGGGAGGGGAGGGCCUGUUAUAUUAUUAAGGCCAGAUUCUUGCCACAAAUAGUGUAGUUUUAGAUACAGACUAAAGUCUGUUCUAGUAUUAGUAAGGGAUAUUUCUGGUUUCAAAGUCAUGGGUUUUGCUAGCUACAAAUGCAUUUAUGUGGAUUAGAAGACAGGUUUUGCAGUCAGUGGCAGACAGUUGUGUGAUUGACAGAACUUGACUGUUGCCUCCAGAUUUUGGGUUUUACUCAGUGUAAUAGACACAUUCAGAUUUGUUUCUGUAGUCUGCCUAGACUCUCUGGUUAUUCUGAUUAUUCUACAUGCUACAGUUUGAAGUAAAGCCCUGAAAAACCAGAAAGUACCUUUUACUGUUGAUACAAAUUGUAUCUUUUUAACUAUAAGAACUAUUUUGAUUUGUAGAUCUAGUUAAAACACAAGUGUGUAACUAUGAUUAGACUUUUGGGCAACAUUUUAUCCCUUAUUUAAAUACAGAUUUUUAAAGUAAAAUUGAGGUCUAGAAUAGGUUAGAAAAUAAAAGUAACAAUUUAGGUAAAUAAAAGUGUCUGUCUUAGUUUUAUAUAAUAUAUUAAAACAUAUUAAAUAAGUUUAUUGGCAUUUUCUUUCUCCUAAAACUUAUCUAGUGUGAACUUAAAAUAAAGGUAAAAUGCUGCCUGAAAAUAAUGUCCAAGCACCUUUGACUAGGAUAACAUUUUCACUACUUGUGUGACACCGUGUGUUGCAUGAAGUAGGAUUUGGGUAUACAGUAAAUGCUUCUAAAAGGCAUUGUGCAUAUUGACAUAUCCAAUAAUCUGAACCGUGUUCAGCAAACUUAAUUCAGGAGAGUGGUGUUCUACACAGUUACUGCUGUUGUAUUUGAAAUGAAUUUGGUACUCAUCUGUACCCAGAAAUAAUACAGAUGAUGCCACACAAACCAUUCUGAGUGGUGCCUGAGAGCAACCCUACUCACUUGUGAAAUUGUUCUCCUUGAUUUUGUUGGUCACUAUUUAUAGGACAAGUUUAAAUGUGGAGGCUAACCCAGUGCCAAAAAUAAGAUUACAAAUGUGUGAUACCUCUUACUUUAGUUAUGUUCUAAGACUUUUUUAGUAUGAAAUCACUUUUAAAUUAUACAUGUAGGUUUUGCUUCCAUUUUCUUCACUUUAGCAUCUUAGGUGUUUGAAGGUCUGCCAAACUUUACUAAAUUUAUUUAAAUGAAAUCGUAGGUGAAAUGUAUAUGACAUUUUUAAUUUGACCUUCUAGUAUUUUUAGAUGACUAUAUGUCAUUGUUUCAUGGAUUUUAAACUGUGGAAAAAUAGUGUAGCCAGCUGCCACCUAUCCUGAAGUGAAUAGCUCUGAACUACCCACACUGAAAUCCUUCAGUAUGAUUAAUUAUGAGUUUUUUUAAAAUAGCAGUUUUCUGAUGUCAAGAGGACAGUUUGUCCCCUUUGUUUUGAAGCACCAGUGUUGCUUCCAGAGCUUAAGAGUGAGAUAAUUGGCAGACAAAUUUAGCAUUUGUACAGCAAAUCUGUGUUUAUCUAAAGCAAUAAAUAAAAGGAGUCCAUCAUUAAAUUAAAUCCGUAACUGGUAACAAACCUUCAUUUUAGCCAAAAAUUUCUCCUUAUUCAAAUCUUUUACCAGACUUGCUAAUAAAUAGCGAAAAAGAGGUGUGUUAAUAAGUGAAAUUGCCAGACACGGUCAACUGAUAGACAAAAAAGAUUCAGACUGCAAUAUUUUGCCCCUGAAUAAUUGACAGUUGACUGUACUUUUACACAAUAAUUAGCCAGUCUGUUGUCUCUGUGUCUUAGUCCAGAGGGAAUAGUACCCAACUGGCCACAUUCUGGCCCUUAGUAUUUCUUCCUUUACUGCAUGUGAUCCAGAUGUUUUCAGUCUCGUUUUUAUGAUCUCUUUAUCCUGAUCGAGUUUGUCAUUGACCUAAACAUUUAGAAGAAACACACACCGGUAUAAAAUAUUUGAUACUGGUGGAAACUUGAACUUUGUGUUUUUAUGAAAAUUCAUUUAUGAGAAUAUGUAAUAUAACUAAAAAGUAUUUUAUAUAUAUAUAUACACACAUGUGGAUAUUUGUUAUGAGGUAUUAAAAAUGGGGGGGGUGCUUUUGAUGGCUAACUUUUGCCUGAUUGAACUAUGUUUCUUUGAGUUGUAGAUGACCAAGUACAGGGUCUAGAUGGCCAAUAAUAUUUAGAACUACUUGAAUGGAAAGCAGUUCUUCACUGGUUUUAUUCUUGGUAUUUUUAAAGAAUUAUUUUGAUAAUUUUAAUAGAAUGUGUAAUUUUAAAAUACACAAAAAAACUUAAGGUAGUAUUGAUUAUACAAAUUAUUUAACAUGUCUUUUAUGGAUGUAUCUAUAUGUAUAUAGACAGUAAUAUAUUUAUAAAACAAAUAUACUUUAUGUUAUAGCUGUUCAUGACAGGUGGGAGGAUGGAGUGGUGUGUGUGUGUGUGUGUGUGUGUGUGUGUGUGUGUGUGUGUGUGUGUUUUGAAAACAAGCUGUUUUCCCUCCUCUGAUUUAAUGGUAUUUACUCUAAAGUAUAUUUGGUUUUUAUUAUUCUUUUUUCUAUCAAACUCCCUUAGUCAAAAUAGAAUAAGAUGUAAAGUUUUAUGGCCAUUCUCUUGAUGUGUGGCUGAUCCAUUUUCUUAUCAUCCAACUCCUGGAGAAUUCCUGAGUGACCCCAAAACAAACAGGUUAUGGCUACAGAUAACGCUUCUGUUCCAAGUAUAUUAAAGAUGAAAACUCAGCCAAAAUGUCAGGUUUCCAAGGUAUACACCAACAAAUAAAAUGAAGUAUUAAAAAAAAAAUGGAUUUCACACAUGCAUGAGAAUAACAGAAAACAGAAUGUUAAUAAAAGAAACAAAACACACAUUAUUAUAGAUCCAUUUAAGACAAUCUCCUAGGGUGGGGAUUGACAGACUUUUUCUGUAGAGGAUCAGAGAGUAAGUAAUUCAGGCUUUGAGAAUCAUAUGGUCUUAAAAACCACUUACCUCUGCCUCUGUAGCAUAAAAGCAGCCAUAGAUAAUAUGUAAAUGAACCAGUAUGGCUGUAAUUCAAUAAAAGUUUAUUUACAGAAACAGACAGCAAGGCCAGAUUUGGCCUGUGGGCCAUAGUUUUCUGAUCCCUGCCCUAGAGGGAGAAAAAUGGGCAUUUUAAAUAGUAAAUCUUGCUGUACGUUAAUAGAAGAAAUAAUAAUUGUAUUUCAGUUGACAUUCAAAGAAAAUCUGAUAGUUAUUGAUAUCCUUCAAAAGAAGAUUGUGAGACAGUCAUACUAAAACAUCUUAAUUCACUUAUGUUUGUUUAUCUGAUGACACUCAUUUAUUAGAGAUAUUUCUUGUGUUUAACCACCC